CUGUCAAUACUCCUUUGCAGGGGCGGACUGACCAUUUGGAAACUCGGGCACUGCCCGAGGGCCCCAGGGUCAGUAGGGGGCCCCAUGAGAUGCCCCUGGUACCUUUUUCAUAGGCUUUUUUGAGUUUGGGCAAGGACACAGGGGCCCCAUGAUCCCUUAUUCCCCGGGGCCCCAUGAGUUGUCAGUCCGCCCCUGCCCCCUUGCCAUUGAAGAUGCCCAUCAGUGCCCAUCAGGGCUGCCUAUCAGUGCCACAUAUCAGUGCCGUCUAGCAGUGCCC